AUGCUUGCUUGCUGUCUGCUUUUGCUUGUGGCGGGGCUGGGGGUCGUCGCCCAAAGCUUGCAUCCGCGCGCGAUUCUCUCGGCGAGCGGCGCCAGUGAGCUCGAAUUCACCGUAUUGCAGAUUGCCGACAUGCACUACACGGGCGAUCCGAGCUUCCGAUGCAGCGACCCGCCGCCGUGCACUGAGGCCAACACCACGGCCUUCAUUGAGGCGCUUCUGACCAAGGUGAAGCCCGACCUCGUUGUCUUUACGGGCGACCAAGUCGAGAACCACCUCCUCCAACACGUCAAGGCCGCCAUUGACGCGUCCAUUCGCCGCGUGAUUGCCCAUAAGGUGCCAUGGGCUUUUGUCUUUGGCAACCACGACGAAGGGGCGUCGAUGCCACGGCGCGCCAUGUUCGACUACAUGGCCCAGCAGCCGUACGCGGUGGCCCGUCGCGGCCCCGACGACGUCGGCGGAGUCGGCAACUACGCGCUCAACGUCACCGACGCGAGCAACGCCACCGCGUUUCGCCUGUACUUUCUCGAUACGCGCAACACGGACGAGGCGAUCGCGCCGGCGCAGGUGGCCUACCUCCGGGCGGCGGCACCGACAACGCCUCUGGCGCCGGCCGUCUUGUUUCAUCACAUUCCGCUGCCCGAGUACCAGCUCGGCUGGAUGGACAAGCUUUUCCACAAGUACGUCGGGCACCGCGGCGAGACCAUUUCCAGCGGCCCCCAAGCCGGUGUUCUCGAUGCGCUCGUCAAGAUGGGCGACGUCAAGGCAGCGUUCGCGGGCCACGACCACCUCAACAACUAUUGCAUUGAGCGCAAGGGCAUCCAGCUCUGCUACGGCGGUGGCGUCGGCUAUGGGCAAGCGUACGGUAACCCGUCGGUCGCCCGGGCUGCCCGCGUGAUCCAGUGGCGCCGAGAUGACCGCGCCGAAACCAUUUCAACGUGGCACCACGUUGACGAUAUCGAGACGACGACGACGGCGCGCAUGACCUUGUACGCAUCGUUCUCCUCUGCUUCGUCGUCGAUGGCACGUACCUUGAUUGCAUUGCCGCUGCUGCUCGUCGCCGUCGUCCUGUCGCUCUAA